AUGGUCAAGCAAAAGCAUCAUACCGCCCGCAACCAAACUUUCAAGGCCCACAAGAACGGGAUCCGCAAGCCCAAAAACCACCGCUACAAGUCGACCAAGGGCUUGGACCCCAAGUUCUUGCGCAACCAACGCUUCGCCAAGAAGUACAACAAGAAGAACCCUGUUGCUGCCAAGGCGGAGUAA